ACGUUAAGGGAAAAACUGGAAUGAGAAAAUACUCCUCCAGCAUAAUAAAAGCAACCGAUUCUUGACUACUGAAUAAGCCUGAAGCAGACUCAAGUCUAGUGGCUAUCGUGCAUCAAAAGUUAUGAUAUUACGUUUGCUUUUCGAUCUACAAAAUUUUGCAUUCUUAAUCUCAUAUAUUUUCUUCAACUGGAGAGAAAUAUAGGGCCCUGAGGUGUCAGGUGGUGGUCUGGGAAAGAGGUCUAUGGCUGCAGCGGUUCAACUGCGUAUUCAAGAUGAUCAAGUGGUGUUAACUAAUGGAAUACUCCAACUCACUCUAACAAAUCCAGGGGGGAAUCUCAUUGAAAUCCAGUAUUGUGGAAUUGACAAUUUGCUUGAGCUUAGUAAUCCAAACUUGAAAGGAGGAUUCUGGGACCUGAACUGGAGUGAAGCUGGAAGUGCAGGGACAAGAGGAAAAUUUGAUACAAUUGAAGGAACCACUUUCAGAGUUGUGGUUGAAACCGAUGAACAAGUGGAGCUUUCUUUCACAAGGAUGUGGGAUCCUUCGCUUCAGGGUGAUCAUGCCCCAUUAAGCAUAGACAAAAGGUUCAUAUUGUUUCGUGGUUGCUCAGGCUUCUACUCUUAUGCCAUUUAUGAACGCAAUGAGGAUAUGCCUGCAUUCAACCUCAACGAGACCAGGAUUGCUUUCAUGCUCAAUAUACAAAAGUUUCGUUACAUGGCUAUAUCAGAUGACAGGCAAAGGUACAUACCCCUUCCUGAUGAUAGAUUACCUCCAAGGGGUGAAGAACUUGCUUUUCCGGAAGCUGUCAGACUUGUCGAUCCUAUCGAACCAGAAUUUAAAGGAGAAGUCGAUGACAAGUACGAGUACUCAUGUGAGAACAAAGAUAAUCAAGUGCAUGGAUUUAUUUGCCUUGAACCACCAGUAGGAUUCUGGCAAAUUACUCCAAGCAAUGAGUUCAGGACUGGAGGGCCAACCAAGCAGGACCUCACCUCUCAUGUCAACCCAACCACCCUUGCUAUGUUUGUUAGCACUCAUUAUGGAGGAACUGAUUUGGUGGUCAAAUUUGGCGAAGGCGAGCCGUGGAAGAAAGUUUUUGGUCCUGUUUUCAUCUAUCUCAACUCUGCAUCAGAUGAAAAUGAGGCAUUUAAACUGUGGGAUGAUGCCAAACGACAGAUGAACCAAGAAGUUGAAAGCUGGCCAUAUGGUUUCCCAGCUUCAGAAGAUUUUCCAAAAGCUGAUCAACGAGGUACUGUAAGUGGCAACCUACUGGUGCAAGACAGGUACACAAGUGAGGAGCUCAUAGUAGCAGAUGGUGCCUAUGUGGGGUUGGCUCCUCCCGGAGAGAUUGGGUCAUUUCAAAAAGAAUGCAAGCAGGGCUACCAAUUCUGGACAAGAGCUGAUAGCCAAGGCUAUUUCUCAAUCAACAAUGUCUCCCCCGCUACAUAUAAUCUCUACGCUUGGGUUCCGGGCUUUAUUGGAGAUUAUCGAAGUGAAUCCACAAUAACCAUUACUGCAGGCUGUGAGGUAGAGCUGGGAGAUCUUGUAUUUGAACCACCAAGAGACGGGCCAACAUUGUGGGAAAUUGGCAUCCCUGAUCGUUCUGCCGCAGAGUUCUAUUUUCCUGAUCCUAAUCCACUGUACAUCAAUAAGCUGUACCUAAAUCUUCCAGCAGACAGGUUUAGGCAAUAUGGCUUGUGGGAGAGAUAUGCAGACCUAUAUCCUGCUGGAGAUUUGGUAUACACAGUUGGCACCAGUGAUUACCGAAAAGAUUGGUUUUAUGCUCAUGUAAACAGAAAAAUAGGUGAAAAUAUCUUUCAAUCAACAACAUGGCAAAUAAACUUUGAAGUUGACAAUGUUGUUCAAACUGGAACUUACAAACUGAGAAUUGCACUCUGCUCUGCUACUUAUUCUGAGUUGCAGGUGAGGGUUAAUGAUCCAGAUGCAAAUCCACCCCAUUUCACCAGUGGAUUAAUAGGAAGUGAUAAUGCGAUUGCAAGACAUGGGGUCCAUGGGCUAUAUUGGCUGUUUAACAUCGACAUACCGGAAUCUCAACUCCGGCAAGGCUACAAUGUCAUAUACCUCACACAAGCAAAAAAUGACACAGCUCUCCAUGGGAUUAUGUAUGACUAUAUCCGCAUGGAGUGUCCUGAACCAGACACUAUUCCCAUGAAAUAACUUUCUAGUCUUUAGACAAAGAAA